GUGCAGCACAUAAAGCGUCGGGACAUCAUUCUGAAGCGGGAGCUGGGAGAGGGGGCCUUUGGGAAAGUGUUCCUGGCAGAGUGCUAUAACCUCAGCCCCACCAAGGACAAGAUGCUGGUGGCUGUCAAGGUAAGAGAUGAUCUCUCAAUUAUACAGGGCCACUUCACUCUCCAGUUACAGGGCCUCUCAGCACUCAGCGUCUGACUUGUAUUAUCUUGAUCCUUGAACGGCUCUUGGGGCCACCGUCCCUGCCAUGGCCAGCUGCCUCCACAAGAAGGAUUUGGAGACGUGGAUCGAUAAAAAUAGGAUUUUCUGCAGUAGAGUAGCUUUAUAAUCAUGCUAAUAAUCAUUGAGGUCACUAUGAGUACCAUGUUGGACGUUUCGUAUCAAAUUGAAUGAAUGAGGCUCCACUAUGGGGUGACAACUAGGGUUGAAUAUUUUCCAGGUAUUUUACAAAUGUUCCAUCCCAAGAACAAAUAACUUUUCUCCCGGCUAACCCGGUAUUUCCCGCCAAAACCGAAAGUGUCAUUCAAAAGCAUUAUAAAGCAUAUAAAUAGGCAUAUGUCUGGAUUUGAUUAGAGCUUUGAUCGAAUAUUCAUACAUUAAAUAAAGCCAUACAUUAAAUAAAUUUGAUGAGCCCUACAUUAAAGACAUUUAGUCCCAAAAAGUCAAAAUGAUUGCCAUUAUCCAAUACAUAUAUGAUAUAGGCUACGCACGACAGAAAAACGUAAAAGCCCAUAGAUGUAGCUAGCUAUAUGCUCUCUUGGGUAAAUAAAUGAAACCAGCUCCAGUAGACUAAUCUUUUUUAGUGUGAACUGUAUUACUGUACUGUAUUGUAUUAUACUGUAUUAUAUGGACUGGAAUUAUGCACAUUGUUCAAACCAUGAUAAAGCAACCAUGAUAAAGAGAGAUCAUGGGAUUCUGGUGCAGUACAUGCGGCCUACAAAGUUACAAGUAUAGGCUAGCAAAUUGUAUUUUAAUUUUGAAAUAUAUUAGGGCCUAUUUGUAUAAUUAGUAGGCUGACGCAUAAAUACCUUUCAUAAUAUUUCCCCUAAUGUUAUUAGCCUACCUCCUCUUUCUCUCUCUAUUGCUGCUUCGUUCCUUCCUCGCUUUCAACAGCUAGCCUAAAUUAAAUAAGUGUUGUUGUCCUUAUCUUCACCAUUCUAAUGACAUCAUUGAAUAAAAUAGGACUAGAAUUAGAUGCAGAAGGCUUUCACUUCUCUUCACAAAGAUUGAAUGGGUAGCUCAUGGGUCUGAAUAAAUAACUGCUAUAGUCUACCGCCACUGCAUGUUCACUCUUCUUAUAUUGGCUGCUGUAUUUAACAUUCAGCAAACAAGAGCUUGCAUCCCUCUUCGAAUAGUCUAUUAGUAUAGGAAAUGCUAAAAAGAUAAUGUCCCACUCCUGUACUCCCUGUUCACCCAUGACUGUGUGGCCAAGCACGUCUCCAACUCAAUCAUCAAGUUUGCAGAUGACACAACAUUAGUAGGCUUGAUUACCAACAAUGACGAGACAGCCUACAGGGAAGAGGUGAGGUCUCUGGGAGUGUGGUGCCAGGAAAAUAACCUCUCACUCAACGUCAACAAAACAAAGGAGAUGAUCGUGGACUUCAGGAAACAGCAGAGGGUGCACCCCCCUAUCCACAUCAACGGGACCGCAGUGGAGAAGGUGGAAAGCUUCAAGUUCCUUGGCGCACAGAUCACUGACAAACUGAAAUGGUCCACCCACAUAGACAGUGUGGUGAAGAAGGCGCAACAGAGAAAUUUGUCUUGGCAUCUAAAACCCUCACAAACUUUUACAGAUGCUCAAUUGAGAGCAUCCUGUCGGGCUGUAUCACUGCCUGGUACGGCAACUGCACCGCCCGCAACCGCAGGGCUCUCCAGAGGGUGGUGCGGUCUGCCCAACGCAUUACCGGGGGCAAAGUACCCGCCCUACAGGACACCUACAGCACCCGAUGUCACAGGAAGGCCAAAAAGAUCAUCAAGGACAUCACCCACCCGAACCACUGCCUGUUCACCCCGCUAUCAUCCAGAUGGUGAGGUCAGUAAAGGUGCAUCAAAUCUGGGACCGAGAGACUGAAAAACUGCUUCUAUCGCAAGGCCAUCACUAGCACAUUAGAGGCUGCUGCUGCCUAUAGAAAUGUACAUAUCUUGCAUUACUCAUCUCAUAUGAAUAUACUGUAUUCUAUAAUAUUCUACUGUAUCUUAGUCCAUGUCGCUCUGUCAUUGCUCGUCCAUAUACAGUGGGGAGAACAAGUAUUUGAUACACUGCCAAUUUUGCAGGUUUUCCGACUUAAAAAGCAUGUAGAGGUCUGUAAUUUUGAUCAUAGGUACACUUCAACUGUGAGGGACGGAAUCUAAAACAAAAAUCCAGAAAAUCACAUUGUAUGAUUUUUAAGUAAUUAAUUAGCAUUUUAUUGCAUGACAUAAGUAUUUGAUACAUCAGAAAAGCAGAACUUAAUAUUUGGUACAGAAACCUUUGUUUGCAAUUACAGAGAUCAUACGUUUCCUGUAGGUCUUGACCAGGUUUGCACACACUGCAGCAGGGAUUUUGGCCCACUCCUCCAUACAGACCUUCUCCAGAUCCUUCAGGUUUCGGGGCUGUUGCUGGGCAAUACAGACUUUCAGCUCCCUCCAAAGAUUUUCUAUUGGGUUCAGGUCUGAAGACUGGCUAGGCCACUCCAGGACCUUGAGAGGCUUCUUACGGAGCCACUCCUUAGUUGCCCUGCCUGUGUGUUUCGGGUCGUUGUCAUGCUGGAAGACCCAGCCACAACCCAUCUUCAAUGCUCUUACUGAGGGAAGGAGGUUGUUGGCCAAGAUCUCGCGAUACAUGGCCCCAUCCAUCCUCCCCUCAAUACGGUGCAGUCGUCCUGUCCCCUUUGCAGAAAAGCAUCCCCAAAGAAUGAUGUUUCCACCUCCAUGCUUCACGGUUGGGAUGGUGUUCUUGGGGGUGUACUCAUCCUUCUUCUUCCUCCAAACAUUGUGAGUGGAGUUUAGACCAAAAAGCUCUAUUUUUGUCUCAUCAGACCACAUGACCUUCUCCCAUUCCUCCUCUGGAUCAUCCAGAUGGUCAUUGGCAAACUUCAGACGGGCCUGGACAUGCGCUGGCUUGAGCAGGAGGACCUUGCGUGCGCUGCAGGAUUUUAAUCCAUGACGGCGUAGUGUGUUACUAAUGGUUUUCUUUGAGACUGUGGUCCCAGCUCUCUUCAGGUCAUUGACCAGGUCCUGCCGUGUAGUUCUGGGCUGAUCCCUCACCUUCCUCAUGAUCAUUGAUGCCCCACGAGGUGAGAUCUUGCAUGGAGCCCCAGAUCGAGGGUGAUUGACCGUCAUCUUGAACUUCUUCCAUUUUCUUCCAGUUGUUGCCUUCUCACCAAGCUGCUUGCCUAUUGUCCUUUAGCCCAUCCCAGCCUUGUGCAGGUCUACAAUUUUAUCCCUGAUGUCCUUACACAGCUCUCUGGUCUUGGCCAUUGUGGAGAGGUUGGAGUCUGUUUGAUUGAGUGUGUGGACAGGUGUCUUUUAUACAGGUAACGAGUUCAAACAGGUGCAGUUAAUACAGGUAAUGAGUGGUGAACAGGAGGGCUUCUUAAAGAAAAACUAACAGGUCUGUGAGAGCCGGAAUUCUUACUGGUUGGUAGGUGAUCAAAUACUUAUGUCAUGCAAUAAAAUGCAAAUUAAUUACUUAAAAAUCAUACAAUGUGAUUUUCUGGAUUUUUGUUAUAGAUUCCGUCUCUCACAGUUGAAGUGUAACUAUGAUAAAAAUUACAGACCUCUACAUGCUUUGUAAGUAGGAAAACCUGCAAAAUCGGCAGUGUAUCAAAUACUUGUUCUCCCAACUGUAUGUACAUAUUCUUAAUUCCAUUCCUUACUUAGAUUUGUGUGUAUUGGGUAUAUGUUGUGAAAUUGUAAGAUAUUACUUGUUGCUGCAAAGAAACCACUACUAAAGGACACUAAUAAUAAGAAGAGACUUGCUUGGGCCAAGAAACCGGAAAGCAUGGAGGAAGAGGUGUUAUGGUGUCGGGGUGCUUUGCUGGUGACACUGUCUGUCAUUUAUUUAGAAUUCAAGGUACGCUGAACCAGCAUGGCUACCACAGCAUUCUGCAGUGAUACGCCAUCCCAUCUGGUUUGGGUUUAGUGGGACUAUCAUUUGAUUUUCAACAGGACAAUGACCCAACACACCUACAGGCUGUGUAAGGGCUAUUUUACCAAGAAGGAGAGUGAUGGAGUGCUGCAUCAGAUGACCUGGCCUCCAUAAUCCUCUGACCUCAACCCAAUUGAGAUGGUUUGGGAUGAGUCAGACGGCAGAGUGAAGGAAAAGCAGUCAACAAGUGCUCAGCAAAUGUGGGAACUCCUUGAAGACUGUUGGAAAAUCAUUCCAGGUGAAGAUGGUUGAGAGAAUGCCAAGAAUCUCAAAUAUAAAAUAUAUUUUGAUUUGUUUAACACUUUUUUUGGUUACUACAUGAUUCCAUAUGUGUUAUUUCAUAGUUGUGAUGUCUUCAUUAUUAUUCUACAAUGUAGAAAAUAGUAAAACUAAAGAAAAACCCUUGAAUGAGUAGGUGUGUCCAAACUUUUGACUGGUACUGUAUUUUGGAUGCCUUUUGAAUGGAAUUGAUGGAGAGAGGGAGACUGAGAGAGAGUGCUCGCGCAUGCACUGAUUUAAAGCAGCAAUAUUCGAGUGAUAGACUGUUUUAAAACUCUGGAGCUGCAAUAAAAAAUAAACAAAUAUUUACAAUUAAAAAACAUGGUGACCCUGAAAGCCAGAUGGAGAUGGGUAAAUUAGAUGCGUAUUCGGUCUUUAUAUUACUGUAGCAUAGACGAUGCUGCAGCAAAUGUAGGCCUACCUGUCACAAGAAAGCAAGUUACCAUGAUGAGUUGAUAGGUCUACAUGCAUUGUGAACUGCACUCCAUACUGAGAUGGGCUGUCUGUCCCCACCCUGAGCGUUGAUGAUUCAUCAUGCAGAUUUAAACAUCGCAUGUAAUUUAACAGUUCCAUUUUACGCCAUGCUGUUCAUAUAAAGAAUUUAUUAUAAUAUACCGGUUUCUCGCAGUUAUUUAUCCCGGGAAAAGGGAGUGGUUUUGGGCGUUAAAUCUCAGUAACCGGGUUUCCGCCAUUCAACCCUAGUGACAACAGCUGACUAAUGGGUGAGAAAGUUUUCCCCUGGAAAUCACAUUCAGGGCUAAAUAUCUCACUAGCAGGUUAAAUUGGCAUUAUUUUAAACAUGUAUUACAUGCUGUACAGGUCAUUAUGGUUGACUUGAAUAUCACAACUUUUGGGUCAAGAUGUAUUGAGUCACUUUCUGCUAUAAGUGUAGGGCUGGGCUGUAUCCAGAUUUCCAUAUCGUCAUACCGUUUCUAUACCAUACCGGGGUAUACGGUAUUACCGGAAGUGCACACAAGGGGCGCAAUAAAAACAUCCCUGAUGCCAAAAAAAGUAUUAUUAUUAUUUUAGUUUUUUAUAGCGCCCCUUGUGUGCACUUCCGGUAAUACCGUUUACACCUCCUCCUCCAUUGAAUGUCUCUGCUGUAAUCAAGAAGCUUGCUCUUGACAUAUAGCCACUUAGCUAGCAAGUUAGCAAGCCAAAUGUGUAGCUGGCGCCCUGAGCUGGGUAUCAUUUAUUUGACACAUCUUAGAUUUCGCGGAGUGCCUGGACACAGCCCUUAGCCGUGGUAUAUUGGCCACAUACCACAAACCCCCGAGGUGCCUUAUUGCUAUUCUAAACUGGUUACCAACGUAAUUAGAGUAGUAAAAAUACAUGUUUUGUCAUACCUGUGGUAUACGGUCUGAUAUACCAUGGCUGUCAGCGAAUCAGCAUUCAGGGCUCGAACCACCCAGUUUAUAAUUAUACUUUUUUUUUACGGUAUUGAAAAUCAUACCGUCGGUAUUUCGAAAUACCCCGGUAUAAGGUAUAAACGGCAUAUCGCCCAAGCCUAAUAAGUGUGUUAUAUCUUCACUGUUGCGAUUCUUGAUCUCAAUGGGGCUGAUCAUGAAAUAAAAGGCUAAAUAGCAUUAACUGGAUAACAAGCUGGUAGUUGGAACAAACAACUAUGAGCAAUAUUUAUAGUUGGUGGGCAUUAACCAUCUGUGAUUGCCUCUUCUCUCUCUCUCUCACACACAUGCACACACACACACACACACACACACACACACACACACACACACACACACACACACGAACACACACACAUGCACACACACACACACACACACACACACACACACACACACACACACACACACACACAAACAGCCUCAGUGUGUUAAGGCCUGCAGUUAUCUAAACAAUAAGCAGCCCUAAAUUGGUUUUUAGAUGGGGAAGCUGACUGGAUGCCUGGUGCAUGCAGUUUGAGCACAGCAGCUCACUCUUGAGAAGUUUUCAUUUUCUCUGAAACCCCCCAGUAAUUUUGUCCUUCCCCUGAAAUGUAACCAGCUGAAGGAAGUAGAUUUAGCUUUGACCAUGCUGUCUACUGCAUUACCCCAGCAUGUCUAGCAACAACAAAAAAAGACCUUGUGAACAGACCCAAGUUUUGUUGCUGACAAUCAUUUAUAUCUAAUUCCACAUCAGGAUUAUACAAUACGGACUGUAUUGUCCAAUCCAUCCUUGAGCAUAUUGAUUAAAUGUAUAAAUACCAUAUUGUCAGGCUUAUAGAUAUUACCCCUGACUUAUUGAGUGAUCCCUUGUCUUUUUAGAAAACAUAUGUGUGGCUGUCUUGGGAGGCAUAUUAUAAUAUAGCUGCUUGUUAGUGAUGCUUAAGGGUGAUCAUAGACUUCCUGAUCCUAAAUGGGUCUCAGUGGAUUUGGUUGCAGCACUAAGAACAAAACUCUACAUCUGUCAUUCAACCAGGGCCAUAAUGUGUGUCCCUUGUAACACACUACUAAUGCUAGAUAAAGCGAUCAAUUUCUAUGCAACUUUAGAGGACUCCUCCUGGAUUGCAGUUGGUGCAUGAUUAAGGUGGUAGCCAGUGGUAGAAAAAGUACCCAAUUGUUAUAUUUAAGUAAAAGUAAAGAAACCUUAAUAGAAAAUGACUCAAGUAAAAGUGAAAGUCACCCAGUAAAAUCAUACUUGAGUAAAAGUCUAAAAGUAUUUGGUUUUAAAUAUACUUAAGUAUCAAAAGUAAAUGUAAUUGCUAAAAUAUACUUAAGUAUCAAAAGUAAAAGUAAAAGUAUAAAUCAUUUCGAAUUCAUUAUAUUAAGAAAACCAGACGGUACCAUUUUCUUGUUUUUUUUAAAUUUACAGAUAGCCAGGGGCACGCUCCAACACUCAGACAUAAUUUCCAAAUGAAGCAUGUGUUUAGUGAGUCCACCAGAUCAGAGGCAGUAGGAAUGACCAGGGAUGUUCUCUUGAUAAGUGUGUGAAUUAGACCAUUUUCCUGUCCUGCUAAGCAUUCAAAAUGUAACGAGUACUUUUGGGUGUCAGGGAAAAUGUAUUGAGUAAAAAGUACAUAAUUUUCUUUAGGAAUGUAGUGAAGUAAAAGUAAAAGUUGUCAAAAAUAUAAAUAGUAAAGUAAAGUACAGAUACCCCAAACAACUACUUAAGUAGUACUUUCAAGUUUUUUUUUACUUAAGUACUUUACACCACUGGUGGUAGCCACCAAACAGCCUGUGUGCCUAUUACCUAUUUUUCUACAAAGGUAGAGAUUUUCACAGCUUCAAGGUUAAUCAGGUCUAUUGGGAUUGUGCUAAAUCAGCUCUAGUUGAUGCUGAGACACCUAACACAGGACCUGUUUACAGCGACAUCCAUUUUGAGUUAGUGCACAAAGAGAUACAGUCAUACAUUAUUCUCAUUAUUUGUUUCCAGUUUAAAUCAUCACACGAUUUUGGUAGCUGGUCACAUGACAUCACUGUGUCAAAUCCAUCCUUAAAUGCAGUGGGUCGUACUGUCUCAAUCUCCUUGAAUGAGAAGUGACUGUCAGUAAUUGUUGCGCUUGAUUUAUUCAAUUUCACGUAAAGAUUACGACUGUAACCUCGGUGUUAAAAUGCAUAUUUCACCUGACAGGGGUUGAGGAUAUUAAAGUUCAAAGGUCAUGAAAAGGUACCUAGAUCAGCUGCUGGAGGAGGGGUCACAGUAUGAUGGUGAUCCCGGUUGGUGACAAGGGGCACAUUUAUCACUGUUCCUCUCUUGUCACCAUCACUCUUCAUCAAGGCGCUCAUCCAUGGAAUGAUGUUAGCCAUGAUAGUGUGGAGCGGGAGGGAGGGAGCCGCAGUGCACAUGCAGAGGCCGACCUUACAGAGAAAGAGGCCGACCUUACAGAGGCGCCAAGGCUGCAGCUGAAGCAAUAAGGCUGUCUGUGACGGAUGUUAAAUCAUCUCCCAAAAUGUUCUACUCCUCAGAUGCUUUGAUCAAGAGUAAUGGUGGCAACACUGAGCUGGCUUUUUCCUCCUUCCUUUUUUCCUCCUUCCUUUUUUCUUCAUUCAAUUUUUCUUCCUUCCUUCCUUUCUUCACAUCCCCAGUCACCAGAGUGGAUCCUAUUGAAAUAGAUUACGUACAAAUAUACAGGAGUGUAUGCUGUUGUUUUUUAACAUUGUAGGUUGUAUUUCAUGUAAGGUAAGAUUGCAAGGUAAGCACCACAGCCAUAUAGCUACAUAUAUUUAAUUUAAGGUUAGAUAUAGGUUAUAAUGGAAUGUCAGGAUAUUUUAGAAAUAUGUGUAGGUCAACAAGUCUAGGAGCCUACUAGUAAAAACGGUAUAGUCUGUGUGUCUGUGCUAGCUAGCUGGGUGGCUCUCUAGUCUGUCCUGUACAUCCAGGUGGACUAGGAACACAGCACUCCUCUAGCAGCAUAGGGGUCAUAAAGCAUCCGGGAGGAUGGGGAUGGAUGCCUUGCCAUCUGUCCAUGGGCACUGCCAUCCAUUCUAAUUCCCCUCUGCAUAGUGAUAUAAAGUCAUCCAAGAGAAUUCAAAUUAAUAAACCAUUAGCAAAACCCUGUGAUUAUCAUUGUUGAAUAUCAAAUAUCUGUUAAAUAGAGUGUUAUGAAUUCUAUGAAUGGUAAUGUUGGUGGUGUUGUGGAGUGCACAUAAGUAGAGGAUUGGAUCAUGAACAUUUCCGGGAAACAUGCAUUUUGUUUCCAAACUUUAGUUUACAGUACAGCUGCAAAAUGUUUCAUUUUUUAAUUUAGAAGCACCCAACAAUGACUGCUUGGCAGUCAUCCCAGACUCAGUAAGGAGUAAAUCCUACCUUUUACAGUCGGAAGAUCAGAGAGAGACAAGAGAUUGAGUGUAAAUGCCAAACUAUUUCAUAGGUGGGAAUUUAGGGAGGAGGUUUAUUUCCAGCCGAUAAGCUCGUCAAUAAUGAUACCAUAACUCUUAGCCAAUACGGUAGGCAACAACAGCGUCUACAUCUGGUGAGGCACGGAGCCUCUUAUCACGGCUAUAUAAUGAAAUGUCAGACUGUGUAUGGGAUGCCUAAUGAAGUCAAUUACAAAAUGAUCUGCUUCUGUAAAGCUAUACAGUUUGCCGGGUCAUUGUGACAACAUGUCAAGACAUUUUUCAUUCAUUUUCUGCUCCUCAAAUGGAAAGAUUACAGUGCUUUACCUCUCCCUGCUCCAUUUAUUACCCUGUCUCUGUUGUGUUCGCACCAGCCAGAGGUUAUUGUGUGUGUUUGUGUGUGUGGAUGGGGGGGGGGGGGGGGGGGGGGUGUUGUCAGUGUUUAUCCAGGGUUCAUUGUAAGGAAGCCGAAAAAAUGUAAUGCUUUCUGUUUCUUUGAGAAAAAUCUAUGUCCAGCAGUAUCAUACUUUGCUAAGCAGUUAAACACCCUUGUAUUCCUCAGACCCUGAAGGACCCUACCCUUGUAUUUUCUCAGACCCUGAAGGACCCCACCCUUGUAUUUUCUCAGACGCUGAAGGACCCCACCCUUGUAUUUUCUCAGACGCUGAAGGACCCCACCCUUGCAGCGAGAAAAGAUUUCCAGAGGGAGGCGGAACUAUUGACCAACCUGCAGCACGAGCACAUUGUCAAGUUCUACGGUGUGUGUGUGGACGGAGACCCCCUCAUCAUGGUCUUUGAGUACAUGAAGCACGGGGACCUCAACAAGUUCCUCAGGUAAACUGUGUCAACUGAAUGCACAAGACGUGCUCAGCUCUCAACUAAGUUCUGUAAAUGAGUCUUUGGGUGAUGUAGCCCAUGAGUAAUACAAGCUGCCAACUGAGAAAUAAUUUUCUAAUAUGUGUUGGUGGAAUUUGGAAAGUUUACUCAGCUGAAUAAAGUAGAGAUGUGUGGGAUAAGUAAGACGUGCUCAACUCUUACUAAGUUCUGUCUUUGGGUGCUGUAGCCAAGGAUUACAAGCUGUCAACUGAGAAACCUAAUUUUUUAUCAUGUGUGUAGUUGGAUUUUCUAAGUUUACUCAGCUGAAUAAAGCAGAGAAAUGUGUGAGAUAAGCAAGACGUGCUAAACUCUUACUAACUUCAAAACAUUUGUCUUUGGUGUAGCCCAUGAGUAAUACAAGCUGACAACUGAGAAACAGACUUCAAAUAUAUAUGUUUUUGGAAUUGUGGAAGUUUACUCAGCUUAAUAGAGGUGUGUGUGUGUGUGUGGGACCAUAUCCCACUGUUUGCCAAUGUCAAACUGUCUAUAAUGGCAGGUUGACUGCACCCCACUAGUGAUGUACUGAUCCACAUACACUUACCUGCAUAAUUAUCAUCAGUAGUAGAGUUAAAGUCAUACAAUAAUCAAUUUGGCCAGCAAUAUAAUAGAUGUGAUCAUUUCCAAAGAUAAAAUAAGUUAUUGUCCGUAAUUUCCUCAUUAUUUCUACAUACUAGUAAAACCGCCACAACCCUGCAGGUCUUACCGCAAGCAUCAGGCUGUAAUUAAUGGAUUGUUUCCCCUCAGAGAAAUGUUGUAGCGUAUAAGAAACAGGAGGGAAAAUACAAUGUUGAUGUUGUUUUCCACUAGACCUGUCACCCAGUGCCAGCAGCAGCAAAUUCCUAUUUGCUACACUGUACAUUAAGUAGAGAUGACCUGUUAGUGUAAAACCACAAAACGCUGUGUGUAACGGCAGACUGCUGACUGACCCUCCACAGACUGGGGAAAUUGUGACUCAGAUUGCCAAUGAGAUGGCUGAUCUCCUUUAUGAUUGGAUAUUAUUAAACCUCUGGAUCUUCUGCGGUGGCAGGGAACAUUGGUGCUCAAUAGCAGAGGCAGAGCAGGCAGACUACUUGCUGGUGCCUUUAUAUAUGCAAAUGUCUGCAUUAAUUCAUACGGAGAAGCUCUUGUUGGUUUUGCACCCAGUGGCCCUGUACAUUAAUGACAUUGCCAAUGUUCCUGUCUCAAUUAAAGGUUGAAUGAAAAUACAUCUAAUGACCAAUCCAUUACAACUGAAUAACAUACUACUGUCAUAUACUAUUCAUAGCUAUAAUAAUAAUCAAUUUCAAAAUGUAAUAUCAUUUACAUUUACAUUUACGUCAUUUAGCAGACGCUCUUAUCCAGAGCGACUUACAGUUAGAUGAAGUAAGUUAUGCUGAUUGUGUCUUGAGACAAGUUCACUAAGCCUGAGCUCAAGUCCUCCCUCCCUCCCUCCCUUCCCCAUCCACAGAGCCCAUGGGCCCGAUGCUAUGAUCCUGGUUGACGGACAGCCGCUGCAGACCAAUGGGGAGCUGGGCCUGUCUCAGAUGCUGCACAUUGCCACUCAGAUCGCAGCGGGGAUGAUGUACCUGGCCUCCCAGCACUUUGUGCACCGUGAUUUAGCCACUCGGAACUGCCUGGUAGGAAACGGCCUGCUGGUGAAGAUUGGUGACUUUGGAAUGUCCAGGGACAUCUACAGCACGGACUACUACAGGGUAAGCACCUAUGUAUGUUUUAUAGUUAACAAAUGAUUCCAUGUAGUAAAUGUAUUUGCAUGUUUGUUAUAUGAAGCUAUACUGUACAUUCAUAAUCAACUCAAUUAUGUCUUUUUGGUGACCAUCCAGUGUUUUUAGAGAACAGGUGGUGUUUUGACACAGUGGCUGUGGACGGUGACCCUGCAUUCACCUGCCUCAUGAUUAUGUGUUUGUUUACCUUUACUGAUUCCUGCCCUGAACUCUUUACCUUUACUAAUGCUCAAAUGUACAAGGAGAAGUGAUGCAUGCUCAAUAUAAUGUAUAUUUUUGAAGAUGUGCCACGUCUAGGGCAGAACCAUUCUUGCUGUAUUUUGUUUGUAGCAGAAGAAGAAUAUUUCUUUGACUUCUUUCCAGUGACCAGAAUAUAGAGCUCUUAGCCGAUUUGAUAAUGGAGUUGCGGAAGCUGUGCUGGCAUUACAAAGGGAUUAUUACUGUGGCACAGGGGAUUUUCACUAGAUACAGACUGUAAUUGCCAUUGUGAAAAAGAAGUUACAUUUACAGUAAAUGUCAAAGAGUCCAUUGAGUCUCAUCCCACUUAAUGUGUUCUGCAGGCUACUUUUCCUUAAUGGUACCUUCGCAAUAAGCAGCUCAGUAAAAUUGGCGGCAGGUAGCCUACUGGUUAGAGCUUUGGGCCAGUAACUGAAAUGUCGCUAGUUCGAAUGCCCGAACUGACAAGGUGAAAAAUCUAUGGAUGUGCCCUUGAGCAAGGCACUUAACUCUAAUUUCUAAUGGCUGGCUGUGAGUGACCCCACUCUCAGGGGGAGUUGGGACAUUCAAAAAAACACAUUUCUAUUUCACACAGAAAUGAGUCCCAACUCCCCCUGAGACACCUUCAGAGAGUGGGGUCAUGUGGCUUUUCUCCUUUUAGGUACUAAAACCGGUAAGGUAUUGUAAGAAAAGCCAGUGAGAGACUGAUUCACCACCAGACUACUACCAGGACUGCUGGACUGCCCCCUGUUGGUCUGUUGGUCUGGCAGCGUCUUUGGGACUUUGCCAUUUUAGACCCGGGCAUCUCUGCCAGACCAGGCCUGCUGUAUGGUCCACUGACAGAGCUGAGAGAUUAGGAGGUUGUGACUGCAUUGGACACAUUCCCUGUUGUUGAGUGAUUAUAAAUUGGGGCGGCUGCCAAGAACAUAUCUCCCUGACACUGCUGACAUAUUGACGUCCGCUCCUCUCCUCCAGGAGAACCAAGAAAACUGCCCUCCAGGGAUAUGACACAGUAUGCAAGAGCACAGUGAGCUGGGUUUUCACAGGCAGCAUAUCUGACAGCCCCCAUCUGUAUAAUGAAAAUGAUGCCCGGGCUCCCCCAAACCAAAUUAGCUUUUGGUUCUUAGUCUGCAGGCAGGCACACAGAUCUGACAUGGCAGUGUGUUUGUGAACUGAGAAGUAUGAUAUGGCUUCAUAGAGCCUGUUGGACACGAUACAACAAAUAACAAGGCUAUGUGAAUCUGAAAGGCAACGCAAAGGCAGGCAAACUUGACAUGUACAGUACCAGUCAAAGUCUGGACACACCUACUCAUUCAAGGUUUUUUCUUUAUUUUUACUAUUUUCUACAUUGUAGUAACCAAAAAAGUGUUAAACAAAUCAAAAUAUAUUUUAUAUUUGAGAUUCUUCAAAGUAGCCACCCUUUGCCUUGAUGACAGCUUUGCACACUCUUGGCAUUUGCUCAACCAGCUUCAUGAGGUAGUCACCUGGACUGCAUUUCAAUUAACAGGUGUGCCUUGUUAAAAGUUAAGUUGUGGAAUUUCUUUCCUUCUUAAUGCGUUGUGUUGUGACAAGAUAGGGGUGUAUACAGAAGAUAGCCAUAUUUGGUAAUAGACCAAGUCCAUAUUAUGGUAAGAACAGCUCAAAUAAGCAAAGAGAAACGACAGUCCAUCAUUACUUUAAGGCAUGAAGGUCAGUCAAUCCUGAAAAUUUCAAAAACUUUGAAAGUUUAUUCAAGUGCAGUCGCAAAAACCAUCAAGCGCUAUGAUGAAACUGGCUCUCAUGAGGACCGCCACAGGAAAGGAAGACCCAGAGUUACCGAGUUAGAGUUUGUUCGAGUUAGAGAAAUUGCAGCCCAAAUAAAUGUUUCACAGAGUUCAAGUAACAGACAAAUCUCAACAUCAACUGUUCAGAGGAGACUGCGUGAGUCAGGCCUUCAUGGUCGAAUUGCUGCAAAGAAACCACUACUAAAGGACACCAAUAAGAAGAAGAGACUUGCUUGGGCCAAGAAACACGAGCAAUGGUCAUUAGACCAGUGGAAAUGUGUUAUUUGGUCUGAUGAGUCCAAAUUUCAGAUUGUUGGUUCCAACCGCCGUGUCUUUGUGAGACGCAGAGUAGGUGAACGGAUUAUCUCCGCAUGUGUGGUUCCCACCUUGAAGCAUGGAGGAGGAGGUGUGGUGUGGGGGUGCUUUGCUGGUGACACUGUCUGUGAUUUAUUUUGAAUUCAAGGCACACUUAACCGGCAUGGCUACCACAGCAUUCUACAGUGAUACGCCAUCCCAUCUGGUUUGCACAUAGUGGGACUAUCAUUUGUUUUUCAACAGGACAAAGCAGCCAACAAGUGCUCAGCAUAUGUGGGAACUCCUUCAAGACUGUCGGAAAAGCAUUCCAGGUGAAGCUGGUUGAGAGAAUGCAAGAGUGUGCAAAGCUGUCAUCAAGGCAAAGGGUGGCUACUUUGAAGAAUCUCAAAUAUAAAAUAUAUUUUGAUUUGUUUAACACUUUUUUGGUUACUACAUGAUUCCAUAUGUGUUAUUUCAUAGUUGUGAUGUCUUCACUAUUAUUCUACAUUGUAGAAAAUAGUCAAAAGAAAGAAAAGCGCUUGAAUGAGUAGGUGUGUCCAAAUGUUUGACUGGUACUGUACAGGAAUGUACAUUGUGGAUGUGUAAUGCAGCAGUUUGAGAGGCAGCGGACAAUGAUACAAUUAUAUCACAUCAUAGAGGGAAUGCAUUUUCAUACAGAUCACUGUUUAACUAACUAUGCUGGGUGUAUAAUUCCUUUACACUUCCUCAAUAGUCACUGUUGGCAAGCUGCAAUGUUAAUCCAACAAUCCAAUGCCAUUGUUCCAAAUUAGGAACUUUAUUAUGAUUCAUCUGCUUUUUGACCAUAACAACAUACAGUCAGGUCCAUAAUUAUUGGCACCUUUGAAGAGCAAAAGAUACUGUAUAAAAUAGUAUCAAAGAUCCACCACCAUAUUUUACUGUAGGUAUGAGGUACUUUUCUGCAUAUGCUUCCGUUUUUUGACACCAAACCCACCACUGGUGUGCGUGGUCAAAGAGCUCUAUAUUCAUGUCAUCUGACCAUACCACCGGUUCCAAUCCAAGUGCCAAUACUGCUUAUCAAACUCCAGGCGGUGCUAUGGUCAGAUGACAUGAAUAUAGAGCUCUUUGGCCACACACACCAGUGGUGGGUUUGUCGUCGAAAAACAGAAGCAUGCGCAGAAAUGUACCUCAUACCUACAGUAAAAUAUGGUGGUGGAUCUUUUAGCCUAAACCUGGUUGCCUCUGCCAGGAGGCUAACACUUGGCCACAAGUGGAUAUUCCAGCAAGACAAUAACCCCAAGCACACAUCAAAAUCCAAUAAUAAAUGGUUAAUUGACCACAAAAUAAACAUUUUGCAAUGGCCAUCUCAGUCUCCGAACUCUAACCGCAGACGAAGGAUAUCAAGGAUCUGGAAAGAUUCUAAAUGGAGGAAUGGUCUAAGAUCCCUCCCAAUGUAUUCUCCAAUCUCAUAAAACAUUUUUGAAAUAAGCUCAGUGUCAUUAUCCUCGCAAGGGUAGGGUGAUGAAGUCCUGAAAACAGGGGUGCCAAUCAUUUCUUACCCCUAUCUGAGAAUUGUUUUAUUUUCAUUCUCUGAGCAAUUGUAUUAGUAUAUAAUAAUACAAUUGUCUUUUGUUUUAGCAUACAAUAUAGCUCAGUAUUGGUAUAAUUUAUUUUAUACAGUCUUUUUUGUUAAUCUUUAUCAAGGUUGCCAAUAAUUAUGAACAAGACUGUAUAUGGAGGGACAGUAUUGAAAUGUAUUGACGGUUGCUUCAAUCAAUGUAUAUGUUAUCGUCAGUCUAUGAGUAUAGAAAUUAGCUAUACUUUAAUUUCUCUCUAUAUGCUAAUUGUGCUAUGCUUUUAAAUUGUGUUGGUGUUUUUGUCAUCACCCUGACAGUUUUAAUUCCGCUACAAGGGAAGCCCACACUCUGAUUUAUAUGCUUCCAUGGUCCACUGUUCAACCCCAGACUGAAUUGAGGGUGGUGCUUGCCAGGGAGAAGCCAUUAAGAUUGAUUGAAAUUCAAUCAAUUAAUGUAAUCUCCCAACAUACACACACACACACAUAAACAAGUUAACAAAUACUCUGACUCAGAGAACCAGAUCCAGUCUCCCAAGACAGACAGGGCUAGCAUAACAAACACAAAUCUGUCUUGCAGAUACAGGUAACGGCCAAAAUAAAGAAAACACCAACAUAAAGUGUCUUAAUAGGGUGUUGGGCCACCACGAGCCAGAACAGCUUCAAUGCACCUUGGCAUAGAUUCUACAAGUGUCUGGAACUCUAUCGGAGGGAUGUGAAGCCAUUCUUCCACGAGAAAUUCCAUAAUUUGGUGUUUUGUUGAUGGUGGUGGAAAGUUCUAUCUCAGGCGCCGCUCCAGAAUCUCCCAUAAGUGUUCAAUUGGGUUGAGAUCUGGUGACUGAGACGGCCAUGGCAUAUGGUUGACAUUAGUUUUAUUUUCAUGCUCAUCAAACCAUUCAGUGACCACUCGUGCCCUGUGGAUGGGGGCGUUGUCAUCCUAUAGGGGCAUAGCCACAGUAGCCAAAAUAAUGGCCUGCCCAGCAUUUCUAUACAUGACCAUAACCAUGAUGGGAUGUUAAUUGCUUAAUUAACUCAGGAAACACACUUGUGUGGAAGCACCUGCUAUACUUUGUAGCCCUCAUUUACUCAAGUGUUUCCAUUAUUUUGGCAGUUAGCUGUACAUCCUAUGAAUCUUGCAAAUAUCAUAGAACCGUGUUAAGUCUUCAAAACGGUGUGUGAAUUUAGAUCAUCCUCCUGUUCUACUCUGUUUUGGACACCAGCCUGCAUUCUGGGGUGGUGUACCAUGUAGCGCCAACAACAUUGGUCUGGUGAGGAACAAUCUGUCCACAUAAAGAAGUCAAUAGUCAGGGGUCCAGCAGAAUGGGAAGGGUGUCAGGUCAUUGCAGCAGGGAAACCAAUUCACUUCUGAGUCCCUUACCAAUAUACUACGAAGGAGAUGUCUUAGGGACUUCCCAUGACAUUCUGACCUGUUCCCUGUCAAGUAUUGAUUAUGAGGUAGGGCUGGGUUUGAAUCAGGAGAUGGGAUAGUAGGGUAGAGCUAUGACAAAGGUGAGGUUUCGAGGUAAGACCAUUUAAGUUGAUUUUACAGUGAAUAUUAGGGUUGUAGUGUGGAUUGCAUGAUAGACAAAUACCCCUUUCCCUAAUGGGCCAGGAAUGCAUUACAACUGUUAGAACUCCAUUGGCUUAACAUGAUACUAUUGCACACAUUUGAAAUCUGCAUCCGCCUUAUUUAUAAUAAGCUAUGGGUUAUUUAUAUGAUUGAACAUGAAAACAUUAGAUUUUUGAAACAGCCUGCACCUUUUUUUCUCUUUUCAGCUUGGAAGAAGAUCACUAGAGUGUGAUAGUGUCGUUUAGGGUUACAUAUUCACACAGGCUUUAUGGGACGUGGUCCAGCAGACAUUUUACCAUAAUCUCAUUAAUAAACCGUCAUAAAUCUUAAAAAAGGAGAGCAGGCGGACGAGGAGGAGGAGAAGGAGGAGAAGGAGGAGGGGGAGAAGGAAGGGGUGAGUAUAUUGAAGACGUUGUAAAACGGAACAACUUAUUGUAAUGUUCAGCGGGCCAAAUUUAACAAAGAAAAACCAACGAUACAUAAUCACCAGAACAGAAACUGAUGCUAUAAUAUACUGUUAUUAUAGAUGGCAAACAUGGUAGACUGAUCCUUUGUAGCUACAGUAUCAAUAAUGUGGGAAUGUAAUGUAAUGUUAACUUCUUUGAAUUCACAUGCUCAGUCAAUACCUUGACCCAUAGUGAGCUCAGUGCUAAUGAGCUCUAUAAUUAAUAUGCAGCUACCACUUAAGAGUUGAAAGUAAUAAUAAUCCAACAUCCACUAUUGAAAUGUCACUCUUGUUCAACUCUUCCACAGAUAUGAUUAACACAGUGCAAUUGACAUGAAUUGGAAACAGAUUUAGAAAAAAUCCUGUUGAGUUAAAGAGGAGGGCACAGAUGAUUAAUGCCUCAUUGUUUUAAUCGUAUAAUAUCUGGCAGUCAGACAGCCAGUGGGAAGGGAAUGCUGAGGGGAAGACUUCAUUUAUGUUGCUGCAUGGCUUGAAGCUGUCAAACUUCUUUAAUGGAUCCUUUUUCCUUCCCUCUCUUGGCUCCAUCUUCUCUUCCUCCUCCCAGCUGAGCCUCAUUGACUCUUCUUCAUCUUCUGUGUUACAGGGCUGUGUAGGUUUCCCUUCUUCUCAAAUAUUUUAAGUUUAAAAUAAAUAAAUAAAAGAAAGAAACUAGAAAAGACCAUCUAGAAGUAUUCAAAGUGUGUCUGCUGCAUGCCUUUCGGUGAAUAUGUAAUAAAAAAGAAGUAAAAAAUAUUACAGUUUCUUUCACAAUAGUUUUCUUUUUUUUCUUUUUCAGUUGUGAUUUAACCUUCAAAUCCCUUUGAGCCGUUAGUCCAGGUCUAUAACACUGUGUGCUGACAUCUGUUGUUCUCUCUCUCUCUCUCUCUCUCUCUCUCUCUCUCUCACACACACUCUCUCGCGCACUCUCUCUCUCUCUCUCUCUGCCAGGUGGGGGGCCACACCAUGCUGCCCAUCCGCUGGAUGCCCCCUGAGAGCAUCAUGUACAGGAAGUUCACCACAGAGAGCGACGUGUGGAGCUUUGGUGUGAUCCUCUGGGAGAUCUUCACCUACGGGAAGCAGCCAUGGUUUCAACUGGCCAACAAUGAGGUAUUGUAACUGCAUGGACAGAUUGGUUCAACUCACAUUUCAGUGGUUUAUAUGGAAUACAGUAUGCCUGUAUUUUGGGUUUGGGAAUGUAAUCCGAUAUGAAGUCUGUUGUCAGAACUCAUGGGCCAAAUUUAGAGAUAGUUCCUGUUCCGUUGGUCAAGCACACCCAUCUUCGUAUUCUGCUAUGUUUUCUGUAAUACAUUGAUGAUAAUAAGCAACAUAACCACAUAAUGCAGUAAUGUGCAUUCAGCAGUUGUUGUCUUGACCAAGACUACCAUCCAGUACAUUCACACUCAUACUAACUAUGACCAGUGAAUCAUAGCGCUCUUACUAAUCCCUAAAAUGGAGCAGUGUGAGAGAGGUUAAUUGGCCUAUUCUAAGAGUGGCCUUUGGGCUCAAUAUUGGACCAGAAGAGAAUUCAAUUAAGACAUCAAUCAGGGAUGGGCAACUGGCGGCCCACGUCCCCCCUUUUGAAGACCCUCGGUUCAAUUUCCCCACAAAAAGUUGUUUAGAAACUCAGUUGGGGUCUCAACUUACUUUUGCGAGUUACAAUAGUAGAAUACACAUUGUGCAAUUUCAAAAUUUGGUUGUGCAUCAGCCGUUUUUCUCUUGUUAUGUCUGUUACUAGGCAGGUUUCCAUUGACCCAGGUUUAUUCGACAAAAGCAAUGUGGCAAAAAAAAUCUUUGCGACAUAUGUAAUGGAAACGGCAGAUAUAGGAGAUAUUUUCUAAAGAUCUACAACAUUUUUAUCUGUUCGACAGGGGUGGAUUUUUCUUUUGUCUAACUUUCUUUAUUGCGACAAAUGAUGAUGGAAACAGUGUUUUUCUAAUAAAUUAUGAUUGCCAAAUACUUUUGAAGGUACGCAGGACACGUGAUGGCAUCAUGUAACUAUAAGCUCCACUCCACAUUUUAUUCUAAAUGCCUACUGCUUGCAAAAUCAUAAUAAAAUAAAAUAAAUGUUUCUUUGUAGGAUAAGGAUUGUCCUGACUUUCAAGAAUCCCUGAAUUGCUUCGCCUUUUUUUAUGGUUGGCUCGCAGGUUUCACCAUCCAAUUAUUUCAGAUCUACAGGAGUGCAAUUUUCACCAUGGCACGGACAUUGGCGAUACGUUGAUCGGCACAUGAGAAUUGUUAGAAUAUGGAAAAUAUUAGUCAAUUAUUGCAUUCUAUUCAUGCUGGCUUUCGUGGGCUACCUAAAACAUGAAACGGAUAGGUGGGAGGGCAUACAGGCUGUCGACAAUGUAUUAAUGCGCAAUUUGCCUAUUAUGGGUAAUGGAAACACUUCAACCACUAGAUUUCUAUUUGACACUGUAGGUAAAAAAAAAAAAAAAAGGUAGGUGUGACGUCAUUAUGUCCAGCAGGUUUUUAUCGACACAAGAUGGUUAAAUGGAAAUGCACGCUUGCAGGCAAUUGCUACAUCUGUUUUCUAUGCAAACUUUCUAAAUGACGACAAAAAAACACUGGACAAGUUAAUGGAAACAUAACUACUGAUAGGCACUCAAUUGGCCAAUGUCAGCAAAAAAUAAUUUGAUUAGUAAAUUAGUCUAGCGGCCAGCUACCUGAACUUAGUAAUCAUGGUCGAAUUACCGGCUGGGGGGCCACCAUUGAUUUUGUUAGUCAGUCUCACUCAGAUAUCAUAUUAAAAACUGUAAACAUUUCUCUCCACCCCAUGGCAAAAUGAGUAGAAUAGCAUGAAAUUAGUUAUAAAAUUGCAAAAUCUUCUCUCCGCCCCAUGGCAACAUAUGUACAAUUGCAGCAAACUUGCUUUAAAACUGCAACAUUUCCUCUCUGCCCCAUGGCAACAUAUGUACAAUUGCAGCAAACUUGCUUUAAAACUGCAACAUUUCCUCUACGCCCCAUGGUGAACUUAACUCUAAAAUGUACAAAAAUUAUCUCCACUGUCAAUAGUUGGGCUGCUAAAAUGUUUUGCUCUCUUGUCAUCCAAAGAUGACAAGAGAGCAGCACCUACUGUGAGCUGAGAGUGUUGAAAUCAAAUAAUUCCCAGUAUCAUCUCCCACUUACACACAAACACACACAUGCCUUUCAGCCACCAUAAAUCACACUGAAAAAAUAAGGGGUAAUAAGAGGUGAGCAGCCAUUUUGUUGCAGGUCCUCUAUAUACAAUACAUGGCAAUAAUGAUAAUGUGCAGUCACUGUGCCACUGAUCUUCCUCUCAAGCAUAAAGACAUCACACUGUAGACAUUGACAGAAGCUCUGAAGUACUAUACUAAUUUACUGUACUGCAGCGACUUUGGUGAAAUAGUGGGUUGCAAUACACAAUGUAGACCACCAAACCUAAAAAGGCAUGAUAAUUAAAAUGUCAGAACAACACUGCUUGGGGUUCCAGACAAACUUCAGCAUAUACAGUUUGACAGGGCCAUUGUUUAUCAAAUUAAUAUAUUUACGGCAGAUUUCAGCUUUUCUAACUUGUCUCAUUACGUUGAGACCUGAAAAGCAGCAUUAUAAAUCAAUGCUGAGGCCAGCCAUAGGUAGAGGAACAACAAGAUCUCCCAUGCCAGAAGUCUUUUAUAAAUAUGAAUAAUGUGGAGGUGCUGUGAAUGUAAAUGUGACAGGGCUGGGCUGGGCUGCAGUCUGGGGGGCUGUGGUGACUCACUGACUGAACGCCUGUGGAAAGAGCUCCUAGCAUUCGGGCUGCAGUUGUACACACAGCGUAUCACGCUGACAACAACACUGUCACGAUCGUCGGGAACAGAGGACCAAUGCGCAGCGUUAUUUGCGAACAUAUUUAUUAGUGAGUUACUGAACAAAACGAUAACGUGACGUCCUUAGACAAACACAACCUACUUGGAACAAGAUCCCACAAACACUGAGGGAAAACUGGCUGCUUAAGUAUGGUUCUCAAUCAGAGACAACAAGCAACAGCUGAUACACGUUGCCUCUGAUUGAGAACCACACUGGCCAACAUAGAAAUACAACAUACUAGAACAGAAACACAUGAAAACUCACACCCUACGCUCAACAUACUAGAGUCCCCAGAGCCAGGGCGUGACAGUACCCCCCCCCAAAGGCGCGGACUCCGACCGCGCCAACCAAACACCACAGGGGAGGGACCGGGUGGGCACUCCGCCUUGGCGGCGGAUCCGGCUCCGGGCAUGAUCCCCACUCCCUCUCUAACCCCCCAAAGUACCCCUGGUCCGGUCUGGCCCUGCUGGCCGGAGCUGGACUGAACACUGGUGGAGCGGAUUGCUCUAGCUCCGGCGUGGAGCAGCUGACCGGUACCGGACCAGGCACCGGUGGAACAGGCACGGGUUGUGCCGGACUGACGACGCACACCACUGGCUUGGUGUGGGGAGCAGGAACGGGCCGAGCCGGGCUGGCGACGUGCACCAUAGGCUUGGUGCGGGGAGCAGGAGCGGGCCGGACCGGGCUGACGAAGCGCACCACUGACUUGGUGCAGAGAGCAGGAAUGGACCGGGCCGGGCUGACGAAGCGCACCAUAGGCUUGGUGCGGGGAGCAGGAACGGGCCGGGCCGGGCUGGCGACGCGCACCAUAGGCUUGGUGCGGGGAGCAGGAACAGGCCGGGCCGGGCUGGCGACGCGCACCAUAGGCUCGGUGCGGGGAGCAGGAACAGGCCGGGCCGGGCUGGCGACGCGCACCAUAAGCUUGGUGCGGGGAGCAGGAACGGGCCGGACCGGGCUGGCGACGCGCACCACAGACCUGGCGCGGGGAGCAGGAACAGGCCGGGCCGGGCUGGCGACGCGCACCAUAGGCUUGGUGCGGGGAGCAGGAACAGGCCGGGCAGGGCUGGCGACGCGCACCAUAGGCUUGGUGCGGGGAGCAGGAACAGGCCGGGCCGGGCUGACGACACGUACCACAGGCUCGAUGCGAGGAACAGGAACAGGCCGGACCGUACUGGGGACACACACCACUGGCCCUACGCAGGGAUCAGGAACGGGCCGGACCGGACUGGUAACACACCCCAGUACCUCUCGCCGUGCCUCUACACUCUCCCUCUCCUCUGUGACCAGUGGACCCCUUAACCUGGCGGCCUCCUCUGCAAACCCGCUGGACCGCUCCAUCGCGGCCUCCUGCUGCCCCGUCGUCCACGGCGUGAGCCCCCCCCUAAAACAUUUCUGGGGGUCUCUCCUCCCCAUGGGCCAGGCCUCUAUAGUUCUCACCCAACUCUCGCUCUUCUGCUUCCAACUCCAGCCUCUCUCCUCCUCACAUGGCUUGACCCAGUCGAGACUCUUCCUCCACUGCUCCCAAGUCCACCCUCUCUGCUCUUCACUAGGCUUGACCCAGUCGAGGUUGCCACGGAGAUCCGCUAGCAAUUCCCCUGGCGAUGGCUCCUGGACACGCUGCUUGGUCCAGUCUUGGUGGGAUCUUCUGUCACGAUCGUCGGGAACAGAGGACCAAUGCGCAGCGUUAUUUGCGAACAUAUUUAUUAGUGAGUUACUGAACAAAACGAUAACGUGACGUCCUUAGACAAACACAACCUACUUGGAACAAGAUCCCACAAACACUGAGGGAAAACUGGCUGCUUAAGUAUGGUUCUCAAUCAGAGACAACAAGCAACAGCUGAUACACGUUGCCUCUGAUUGAGAACCACACUGGCCAACAUAGAAAUACAACAUACUAGAACAGAAGCACAUGAAAUUUCACACCCUGGCUCAACAUACUAGAGUCCCCAGAGCCAGGGCGUGACAAACACAACCUCUCACUGUUCCUAAAAUAGACACAGACAGCACAACAAAGUUAUCCAAAUCACCUGGAGUUUAAUUGUUUAACCCUAGAUUUAAUAUACCUAUACCUGACAAGUAUGUGUGGUUUAGGUUAAUUUUCCAUCCAUUGUGAUUGCGCCCACCCUUGACUGUCCCAUUGGUUUCCUGCAUGUGGGCGCAGCUGCAGGAACGCACCCCCCCCCCCCCCCCCCCCCCCCCCCCCCCCCCCCCCCCUCGAGCACGCCAUCUUCAUGCUUGUGCGACAUGUUUGAUAUUCUGAAUUUCCCUUGAUUGUCUAUGCGAUAAAAAUGUGGGUCAAAGGGUUUUUUCGUUUAGGCUAUGCCAUCAUUGUAGUAUAAUUAAUAUGCAAUGUUUUAGGUAAAAAUGGGUAAUAUGUUGAUGCGUUGGAUAGCAGAUGUAACAGAUAUACCAGCCACACCACCCUUCUCUUUAUCAAAGCUGUGAAGAAGUGAUGUAAUAAAUAAACAGACAGAUGCCCCCACCGUCAUUAACAGAACUGUGAGAAAGCAGUGUUCGGCAGGACACUGUCUACCAGAGUCCUAGCUAGCUAACUACCAGUGUUGCCCCCGCCUUCUGCCUGUGUACCAGAGUCCGAGUUAGCUAACUAGCACACAGUGUCUUUCUCCCCCGCCUGCCGAGCACCUGCCCUCGCCGUAGUUAACAGAACUGCGGGAAAGCAGUACUCGUCGGGUGGGGGCGAAGGACACUGUCUACCGGUGUCCUAGCUAGCUAGCAGUCUUCUUCUUCUUCUUCUUCCUUCUUCUUCAAAUUCCUUCUUCCUUCUUCUUCUAAUGCAUUCUUCUUCAUUUUCUUCUUCUUCUUCUUCUUCUUCUUCUUCUUCUUCUAAUUAAUUCUUCUUCGGUUAUCAGGGGUUUGCAUUCAACGUUACUGGAGAGCCCCGCCUCCCACCUGUUUAAGUCCUAGCUUAAAAAUUGACCAAUGGAAGUAUAAAGAGGGGUUCCUGCAGAUGCAGGAACGCCCCAAAUUGUGGGCCACAAUUAUAUCCUUCUCAUCCAUUUUGGGCUCUGCCUGUCAACCAGCAGAAGGGUGGAUUUGCACACAAUGUUUGUUUUGCAAGCUAGCUAGAAACUUGCCUAAACAUUGUGGUAAGGUAUGUACUUUUUUCUCCAACCAACAUACCUAAGCUAGCUAAUAUUAUACCCUUUUCAACAUUUUUUAUACUGUUUAAUCACUAUUGCUGCUGGAAAGCAACUAGACAUACUGAUUUAUGGACCACGUCAAAUUGGGUAUCUAGCUAGCUAAUUACAGAUCACAUCAUUUAUGGCUAGCUAACAAGCUAACUUACAGUGGAUAAACUUUUGAUUUGUGAAGUUGAUGAUCUCGCCCCUGCUUUACUCCUUCCACCUUGCUUAGAGGUCCUCUUAUUUCAUUACGCCAUAUGUCAUCUUCAUGCAAUUUCAUUACGCUACUGAGCGGAGAGCAUAGGGUUUCACCACAAUGCAAGACAAGAUGGAGGAGAGACUCUCAUCAGAGAUCGCAUUUAUUUUUAAUAUGACCUUUUCAUUCAAAAUAGGAGAAACAUAUUGUUUCAGUGGAUAAUAAAACAUAACUUAUAGGAAUGGGUAAUUGUUUACAAAUUGCUAGCAUUCCCAUAAAGCCAUUGCCGAAAACCACAUAUUUUCUUGUUCUGUGGUUUGGGAACAUUUUGCAACAGAGCCUUCAACCGCAAGGGUCCCCAAUCAGAGACAACGAGCGACAGCUGCCUCUGAUUGGGAACCACACCGGUGGAACAGGCACGGGCCGUGCCGGACUGGACACACGCACCACUGGCUUGGUGCGAGGGGCAGGAACAGGCCGGGCUGGGACGCGCACCACUGGCUUGGUGCGAGGGGCAGGAACAGGCCGGGCCGGGCUGGCGACGCGCACCACUGGCUUGGUGCGAGGGGCAGGAACAGGCCGGGCCGGGCUGGCGACGCGCACCACUAGCUUGGUGCGAGGGGCAGGAACAGGCCGGGCCGGGCUGGCGACGCGCACCACUGCCUUGGUGCGAGGGGCAGGAACAGGCCGGGCCGGGCUGGCGACGCGCACCACUGGCUUGGUGCGAGGGGCAGGAACAGGCCGGGCCGGGCUGGCGACGCGCACCACUGGCUUGGUGCGAGGGGCAGGAACAGGCCGGACCGGGCUGGCGACGCGCACCACUGGCUUGGUGCGAGGGGCAGGAACAGGCCAGGCCGGGCUGGCGACGCGCACCACUGUCUUGGUGCGAGGGGCAGGAACAGGCCGUGCCGGGCUGGCGACGCGCACCACUGGCUUGGUGCGGGAUAGCAGGAACAGGACGGGCCGGACUGGCGAUGCGCACCAAUGGCUUGGUGCGAGGUGCAGGAACGGGUCAGGCCAUACUAGGAACACGCACCACUGGCUUAGUGCGGGAAGCAGGAACGGGCCGGACUGGACUGGCGACACGCACCACUUGCUUGGUGCGAGGAGCGGGACUGGAUUCCUUUAUUAACCCCCGCUCCUUCUGCUGCCUAACCAGCUCCUCUCGCCGUGCCUCUACCCUCUCCUUCUCCCUUAUAGCCUCCUGUAGCGCCUCCCUCUGACCGAAUAACUCCUGCUCCCUCUGAACCAAUAGCCCCCGUAACAUGGUGGCCUCCUCUCCUAACCUGCAGACCCGCCCUUCAACGGCCUCCUGCUGCCUCGUCGUCCACACCGUGUGCCCCCCCCCCCCCCCCCCCCCCCCCCCCCAAAAAAAAAUGUUCUUGGGGUUGCCUCUCGGGUCUCCGUCGUCGGCACUCCUCCUCCCGUGAGGAUUCCUCCAGGAGCCCCCACGAGUUAGGGAACAGAACCUCAUCGUCGUCGUCAUCCUCCGACUCCUCAGUAUAAUACUGUUCCCACUCCUCUUCCCAUGGUCGUAGGGACCCAAUCUGAAAACCGACCGGGUGCAGUGGUCGGGGCUCUUUUCUCUCGCUCCCCGACCACCCCUUUAGCCCCCCCAAAAAUGUUUUUCUUGGGGCUGUCUCUCGGGCUUCCUCCUCGACCGGCGUCCUCUGCGUUGCUGUUGCUCCUCUUCUGCCUGGGUAUCUACCUUCACCCAUGGCCCUUUCCCCGCAAAUAUCUCCUCCCGUGACCACCAUUUGCCCACCUGUGACAUCGCUAUUCGCUCUUCCUGGGCACACUGCUUGGUCCUCGUUUGGUGGGAUCUUCUGUCACGUUCGCUUACAGACGGGUCAGACCAAGGCGCAGCGUGAUAUGCGUACAUGUUUAUUAAAUAUCAAACACAACGACAAAAUAACAAACAAAACGAAACGUGAAGUCCAAGGCAGCACAACACAACAUACCUUAACAGGGAACAAGAUCUCACAACCCACUAGUGCCAAUAGGCUACCUAAGUAUGGUCCCCAAUCAGAGACAACGAGCGACAGCUGCCUCUGAUUGGGAACCACACCGGCCAACAUAGAUCUAGACGAUCUAGAUCUAAACCUAGAAAAUACAACAAUGAACAUACCACACAGAAAAUACACACCCUGACUCAACAAAUACGAGUCCCCAGAGUCAGGGCGUGACAGAUGUGAUAUUUUUUUGUGCUAUAGGAGCACUGGUCCUCUUAAAUUUUUAUUCCAGAUUGCAAAAAAACAAAUAUUAGGAGGAAUAUGGCUGUCUGCGCUGCCAUUGUUCUCCUUCACACAAGGGCUAUAUACAAUCAUGCCAAGCAUAAGGUUGCUAUUAGCUCUCGCUCUCCAAAGAGAGAAGGCUCGACUAAACAGUACUUUCUUGUGCUAGGUUGCUGUAAGAUGGAAAUUGGAAAAUAAUGGACCCUUGAAAAAACUAUGAAAUAGCUCCCAACUACCAUGUGGUGAAUGUAUUUAAUGUAUUACUUAAGUGGUGACCACAGCCCUUCUGAAAAUACAUUUAAAUUGUGUUUUAAUGCAAUUUUUUCCACCCUGCUUCAUUGUAAUUCCAUUUCAAAUUUGGCUAGCAGUGUGGCUUAAGGCUUUAGUUCCGGGGGGUAUUAUGAUGAAUCUGGCUGUUCCUUCUCCUUAUGUUCAUAGCCCUGCCCCCCAGGAGACCAAUUGAACGUUCUGCACCUUAUUGUGACAUGUAUUGAUAACAACCUAUACAGCUCAUACACUCCUAAUUCCCCCCAUAACCCAGAGGGAUCACAUGUAUGAUGUCCCUAUUUACAUCAACAGGCAGGUUUGACAACACUGCAUCUGUGUGUUUGUUUAUGUGUAUUGCAAAACCUCUCACUUUUAAACGUGCCUUAUGACCUGGACAUUGCACCCAUGUAAUUACAACAGUACACAUAUUGUGGUGCUAUAGCCUGGGGGAUGCUAAUAAAGGUGAUUAAGCAAAACAUAAUUCUGCCUGUAAAUGGCUCGUUGUGCUCUUGGAAAACAGUAUAAUACUAAUAAAUUGGGUUGUGACCUCUUUCUUUCUCUAAAUAUUUUUACAGUUUCUUUCACAAUAGUUUUAUUUUUUUAUUUUUUAGUUGUGAUUUAACCUUCAAAUCCCUUUGAGCCGUUAGUCCAGGUCUAUAACACUGUGUGCUGACAUCUGUUGUUCUCUCUCUCUCUCUCUCUCUCUCUCUCUCUCUCUCUCUCUCUCUCUCUCUCUCUCUCUCUCUCUCUCUCUCUCUCUCUCUCUCUCUCUCUUGCCCCAGGUCAUUGAGUGUAUUACGCAAGGACGGGUUUUGGAGAGGCCACGAGUUUGUCCCAAGGAGGUGUAUGACAUCAUGUUGGGUUGCUGGCAGAGGGAGCCCCAGCAGAGGCUUAACAUCAAGGAUAUUCAGAAAAUCCUCUAUGCCUUGGGCAAAGCCACACCUGUCUACCUGGACAUCCUGGGC